GGGAUUAAAGAGGCUCUUGUGAGACCCUGAGCAAGUUCAAGAGGUAGUCAUUAGAGAAGUGAGGCUGACCCCUCAUUUUCUCUCUAGCUUUCUGUUUGGACAUGUGGUCUCCUCCUUGUACACAUGCUCCUAUAUUGAGAUUCCAUGCACUGUUGGACCUCAUGAGAAGCUGAACCAGUGAGCCAGUGGGACCACCUGACCUUGGACUUUGAAUCUCCAGAACCCACUUUCAGACCAUGUUGAAGUCCAAGCUGAAUGUCCUAACACUGAAGAAGGAGCCUCUGCCAGCGGUCAUCUUCCAUGAGCCAGAAGCCAUCGAGCUGUGCACUACUACACCACUGAUGAAAAUGAGGACCCACAGCGGCUGCAAGGUUACCUAUCUGGGGAAAGUCUCCACCUCAGGCAUGCAGUUUUUGUCAGGCUGCACAGAGAAGCCAGUCAUUGAGCUCUGGAAGAAGCACACACUGGCUCGAGAAGAUGUUUUUCCAGCCAAUGCCCUCCUGGAAAUCCGACCAUUCCAAGUGUGGCUCCAUCACCUUGACCACAAAGGUGAGGCCACUGUCCACAUGGAUACCUUCCAGGUGGCCCGUAUCGCCUACUGCACCGCCGACCACAACGUGAGCCCCAACAUCUUUGCCUGGGUCUACAGGGAGAUCAAUGACGACCUGUCCUACCAAAUGGACUGCCAUGCUGUGGAGUGCGAGAGCAAGCUCGAGGCCAAGAAGCUGGCACACGCCAUGAUGGAGGCCUUCAAGAAGACUUUCCACAGUAUGAAGAGUGACGGACGGAUCCACAGAAACAGCUCCUCUGAAGAGGUUUCCCAGGAAUUGGAAUCCGAUGACGGCUGAGUGAACUUAAGAUGCUUUGGCAAAGGCAGCAUUGGUCAAGGAAUUCAAGAUGAUUGAUGAAGACGCAAUGAUUCAAAUUUGAGCUGCAAAGACUGCCAAACUAUUGGCUGACCAUGCUUUUUAAAUUCAGAAGAGCAAUCCUAAAUCUAAAGAAAUGUAUCAUUAAAGUAAUUACGUUACAUUGAAAUCUGCUGCUGCUGUGACUGUGAGGAGGGUGGUAGUGUGGAUGGGGAGGAAGGUUCUAGACUCUCUUCUUACUAUUUUUUUUUUCUCAUUUCCUGAUGCCUCCCUGUGGGAGAGCUCCAUGCCUAUUUUCACCACUCUCAGGCAAAUGCUCCAUGGCUGUUAUUUGAAGGACCAUUCCAAUCUGCCUUAUGAAAUCCAACACGAAUGUUAGCAGCACCGGUAGGAUCCCUGGUGCAAGUGAGCGGAGGGAGCUGCGGAUGCUGGUGCGGAUGUGGCAGGUGCAGGGACACCUCCUGAUGGUCCUGAGAGCUCCUCUCCCACCGCGUAUCUUAGACUUUCUCCUCAGUAUGCAAAUCAGCACAGCCUUUAUUGAGCUUUAUAACUAACAACCUGAUAGUUGGCAGUUAAUUCACAGUUAAAGAUGAAGCUUUUAUUUUACAUAAAUAUAUCAAGUAGUACCCUCUUAUUGUAUUCACUUCACCUAUUUUCUUAGGAUACUUGCAACUACUAAUAACCCUUCCCUCCUCCUAUCCUAUCCACCCCUUCUUCCCUCCAACAUCCCGAGAGGGAUGGAUUCUCAACAUACACUGCAGGACACCAAAAGGGAAGAAAAUAACCAAGCAAAGGAGACAAACAAUCAAGCAAACAAACCUGAAAUUUAAAACAACCACCACAAAAGCAGAAAUGCUGGAAAAAGGGAAUAAGUAAUCAGCAAGUGAGAAAACCAUGAGGGCCCCCUUUCCAACAUGAAUUCUGCUAAUUUAUAUAGUUAAUGGUCCUGUUUGAUGAAUCCUUCAUGGCAAGCUUCAAAUCUGAUUUGACCUCACCUGGAAAACUUUACCCCAUCACUGGACAUUGCACUCACAUGGGAUGAGUUAGAAAACUUAGCUUAUGUAGAGAACCUAUGUCCAUCUUAUCCUAAAUGGAAAAUCUUGUUACCUUAAAGUUGAGGUUCUCUUAGAAUCGCCCAUUUGCUCAUGAUGUAUAAUGUGAAAUUCUCCCUAAGCCUGAGAUGUCUCAGUUUCAUGAAUCUUUAAUGUAAACAAAAGAAGUCAACUUUGCGUGAAGUUGAAAGUGUUAAAAGUACACACAUUUAAGGCCAAGAGCAGAUGCAUCUCCCAGGUAAUGCCGCUCCUUCAUAAGACUCUGGCUUCAAUCCUGGUAUUGGCAGGGGCACUGGGGCACCUUAGAAGCCUUAAAUGAGAGUUAAUCUAAUCCAGUGAGUGAUGGUAUUGGCUUUUUGGUCUGUGCAUCUGUGUGUCCAUGUGUGCGUUGUGUGUGUGUACGUGUGCCCUUCGUGUGCGGGUCCAGUGUUCAGCAUGUAUAAUAAGCAUGGGGUCAUAUUGAGGAGGACUCGCCUCUCGAAGAUAUGCUUGUUGCUUUACAACAUAUGUAAACAAUCCUUUAGCAUAAAUGCAUUCAUUCUUUAAUAAAAAUAUGUUUGCAUUAAUAAAA